GCUAAAGUCCAUGGUCAGGCAGCUUGAGGAUAACGAUGUGGACUUCGAGGAGCUCAAAAAGAACCUGGACUACACAGCAUCGUUGCUGGAGGCCGUUUAUAUUGAAGGAACAAGGCAAUCUCUGGAAACCGAGGACGAUCUUCAGCACCUCAGGUCGGACGGUGUGCCCACAGAGGUGCGUGACUGGCUGGCGUCCACCUUUACCCAGAAGGCUCGCAGGAACAGCCGCCGGUCUGACGAGAAACCCAAAUUCCGCAGCAUCGUCCACGCGGUGCAGGCGGGAAUAUUUGUUGAGAGGAUGUUUCGGAAAGCAUACACUGCAUCCAUGCCAGAUCAGCCUGCCGAGGUGGUACACUGUCUAAGGGAUGUGGACAGAUGGAACUUUGACGUGUUUGCUUUGGACAUAGCCACAUCAGGACACGCCUUAAAAACACUGUUCAUCGAGCUGAUUAUCAGAUAUGAACUCAACAGUCGCUUUAAGGUGCCCAUCUCCUGUUUGAUGUCCUUCCUGUGUGCGCUGGAGGAAGGCUAUGGCAAGCACAACAACCCGUAUCACUGUCACACACAUGCUGCAGACGUCACACAGACAGUGCACUGUCUCCUCCUACGCACCGGCCUUGUGCAUUGGCUCACAGAGCUGGAGGUCCUGGCCUCUUUGUUUGCUGCCGCCAUCCAUGAUUAUGAACACACAGGAACCACCAACAACUUCCACAUCCAUUCCAGGUCUGAACUUGCUCUGAUCUAUAACGACCGUGCGGUACAGGAGAGCCAUCACCUCAGCGCCACGUUCCGCCUGCUCCAGGACGAACAGAUGAACAUCUUCACCAACCUGACACGAGCUGAAUGGCUAGAGCUGCGUUCUCUGGUUAUAGAGAUGGUCCUGGGUACAGAUAUGUCAUCUCACUUGCUUCAGGUUAAAGCAAUGAGGACCUGCCUGCAGCAACACGAGCAGAUUGACAAACCCAAAGCUCUGUCCCUCCUAUUACACUCUGCUGAUAUCAGCCAUCCCACCAAGCCCUGGGCUUUGCACUCACGCUGGACCAAAGCUCUGAUGGAAGAGUUCUUCAGACAGGGAGAUAAGGAGGCAGAACUGGGCCUUCCCUUCUCACCCCUCUGUGACCGUAGCAGCACCUUAAUAGCUCAGUCCCAAAUAGGCUUUAUUGAUUUCAUUGUGGACCCUACGUUCUCGUUAUUAACGGACAUGGCGGAGAAGAUUGUCAUCCCUCUGGUCCAAGAGAACCCUGAACCCCCAGAUCCAUGCAACCGACACAGUUCUCUGUGGAAGGAGAGCUCCAGAGGACUGCAGUGGAGUUUAGCCCACAUUACCGCCGAGCUAGUCAGCUUCAGGUCCACUUGGACGCGACACACAGAAGAUAACAAGUUCAAAUGGAGAGAAAGUGAGACGAAUGGAUCUACAGAUCAGUUCCGGUACGAGAAGCCCCCACACAGCAAAGAAGAAGAGCUUUCAGAAUCCGACUCCCAGGAUUCCUCUGUAAACAACGCUCCACAGUAG